GUUAGAGCGAAGAGACAUGUACCUUGUCUGUAUAGCCAUAAUCUUCCCCCCACAGUCAUUGCAUCCAAACAGUGCAGUGGUUUCAACGGGCUUCCGUACAUUUGCUGAAACGUCAACAGCCAAGAUGGCGGACUGGAAUCGAGGACAAGGUGCUGUUGACGAUAUGUUGGACGCGGAAAACAAGCUUAUGGCUGACAAUUUGGCGUCCAAAGUUUCCAGAUUGAAAUCGCUUGCCUACGACAUUGACAAAGAAGCUGAAGACCAAAAUUCCUAUUUGGAUGGCAUGGAUUCCAAUUUUCUGAGUGCUACAGGACUGUUGACUGGCAGUGUGAAGAGGUUCUCUGGCAUGGUGCGAUCUGGAAGAGACAAUCGCAAAAUCCUCUGCUAUGUCUCAGUAGGACUGGUCUUUGUCUUCUUCGUGCUCUACUAUCUCAUCUACAGGGUCCAGAACUGAAGAGCUUUAACAAGAAUGGAACUUUAUAGUGUGGCUGGCUACUUCCCUCUCAGUUAUACCAAGAAAGACCAAAUAUAAACUUUUAUAGUGAAGAUUUUGGAUAGGGAAUCUCACCCAUCACCCCAUCUCCAAUUCUCGAUAUAAUGUCUUCUGCUCGAAAUGAAAUACAGUAUGUGCAGAUGUGUAUAUAAUUUGUCUCAGUUAUAUGAGAACUUUCGUUGUAUAUACAUUAUCUAAGACCCCAGUCAUGUAAAACUGAAUGUUUGCCCCCCCCACCCCCACCCACACACACAGAAAAACAACUCAUCCUUAUCAGGAUGCAGUUGAAAGCAGGACAGUCCUUUAUUUACAUUGAUAAAUAGCCCUAGAGAUUGGCAGUGUGUCCAAGAAUGUCCCAGUGCCCUUUUCACAUUACUGAGUACUGACCAUAGGUACAAUAAGAGAUUGUCCUCGGUUAUGGCUUAUUCUUGUGUUUUGUAAUCGUAGUUUGAAGACAUGCUCCGGUACUUUGGCUAUUUAGUAAGUCUUUUUUAAGACCUCCCAAUUUGGGCAGGAUGUCUCACUGUGUAGUUCACACAUGCAUAAUCUAUGAGCAGAAUUUCUGUUUUUACCUCAAUUAGCCAUGAAAUCCCUAGUUAGAAAGCAACUUUUCUUUUCUGGAAACUGACGUAGUAUGCCAUUUUCCAUGAGCGUUACUUUCAGAACUACGGGCUAAAAAGUAUACAAAAGUACUGUAGAAUCUCUAAGACAUUACCUGAACUUUAACAAUCCCUUAUUCUGUGAUAUUAAGUUGUCAGCACCUGGCAUGUAAUUAACUGUUCUUGCAUUUCCUAACCAACUACAUAACAUGAUCCUACAUAACAUGAUCCCUUUUUCCAGUGAGUUGUAUAAAUCCUUGUAAUGUAUGUGUAAUAAAUAUUUUGAUACUACAGUCGA